AUGUUUAAGUUGCUGCUGAUUGCUGCUGUUAUUUCAGUGGUUGCUGCUAAUGAAAAUGAAGAGACUCGGCACCAAUCACAAACCUACUUAAGACCGGAGUAUUUAAAACCAUAUGCUCCGUUUUAUCCAAGACAUCAUAAAAUAGAACAUGAAGUCGGAAGAUAUCAUUUUAACUUCAUAGGGCAUCAAAAUGAAGAUUAUGGAAUACACUAUGGACAAUACAAAACAUAUAAUUCACAUCCUUAUAUAGAUAACAAAUAUGACUACGGCCAUGUUGGACAAAAGCCUUCAUACAACUUAUAUUACUCCCCCCAUCAAACCCCCCAUCUCGCUCUAUCCCCGCUAUAUCACUCUCGUAACCAUGGUUACGGCUAUUUGCCGUCAAAAGAAGCAUACCACAAUGUACUGAUUCUUGGUGGUGUAAUUUCAUUUUUUGGUGUCGCAUGUGAGGAACUUAAAGUUCACCAAAAUGACAAUGUAGAUGGUCUCAAACCACAGGAGUCAUAUCCAUAUCAAUAUAUUAACGUUAAGGACGAUUAUCAACUGAACAAUUAUAAUUACGCCAAACCCGACGUUGUAGAUCACAAGUACAUUCAACAAUUGGAGUACAGUAAAUACGUGGAUGGUCUACUAAAACAUGACGGUUAUGCGCCUCAUAUAGACAGUCAUAGACACAACAAUCCAUAUUUGAUACCAGCAAAAGAAGUGCCAUACAGUACUACUCAGAAACCUAAUGAUUAUCAAGAUAUCCUAUCGAAAAAAGCAUUGAACUACUACAAUGACGCAGUCUACGAUUACCUUAAAAAAGUCGUUGUAGAUGAAAAGCCGAAACAUGUAUAUACACCACAAUAUGUAGAAGGUAAUAUAAACGACAAUCUGAACUAUGCAUACAAAUAUAAUCCCGCGCACUACAAAGUUGGGGAACACGAAGAAAUACAAAACCAUAAUCCUAAUUACUUGCCGCGUAAAAUAGACUCUGAACCGUAUUACCCCCGGAAUGCUCACAUUAACAAGCCUUAUAUCAGUCCAUUGAAUAUAGCAAAGGGCUAUCCACACGCAGUAAGUUACCACUACACCCCAGCGGAUAUAGAGAGAUUAUCCAAGAGCCAUGAAUACAACUUGUAUAAAAAAGACGAAAAUAUAGAUCACCUCAGAUACGGCGUUUACAAACCUCAUGAUGCACAUCUAGGACUUGAAAAGCAUCAUUAUCCAAAACAAAUCGAUGCUAAGUAUUUAUACGAUGAAUAUGAAAAUAAGGCCCUAAAGGGCUUCAAGGAUAUCGCAGUAGCAGUUAAAGAUAUAUUGUUUCCGAAAGGUAAUUAUCAUGAUUACGUAAAUACGAAAGAGCAUGAAGGUCAAUUUUAUACGCCAAAACGGCAUUAUGGUAAACUCCUUGGUAAUACUGUUGGUACUCUACAUCCGUACAAAGUGAGACCACCGUCCUACGUCCCAGCUGAAUACAGACGAUACGGAGUGAACCAUGAGGAUGAGAAGAAACAUUAUUUCAACCCUCACGCGUACUAA